UCACAGUUAUAAAAGUAUACACCGCCCAUCCGAACUGUAUUAUAAAACAUAGUAAGAAGUCGUUCUUCACUAGAACUUCCGCAUUUGAGCGGGAGGGGACCUCAGAAGUUUGAGACGGCUGCAUGGUCCAUGCCCGAAAAAGCAUCAUGCCCGAAAGAAGGAAAUCAGGCCACCGAGCUGGUGUCCAAUUCUUGGUCUUUCUGAGAGAAACCGAGCGAGCAAACAACAUAAAGAAGUCCGAAUUGAAAGAAAUUUACAACACGGAGUUCAAAGCCAGGAAUCAAGAAACCAAGGUGCCAAACUUCAGCAAGGUCUUUUACUUCAUGAAAUUGGAGAAUAAAGUAUACACGCGGAAAGAUGAAGUUCACUUCCUAUCGGUUCAAGGGAUUAUGGUGGACCAGUGGCAUAGGCCCAGGAGACAAAAACCACAGAAAGUCAAUCAGAUGGUUGUGAGUCAUGCACCAGCUCCAGAUCAGAGACUGCGUUCUGCGAUGGAAGAAAAUAUGAACAAUGCCAGAUCUCUGAAGGAAAUGCUCAAGAAGGACAGGUCUGAGUUAAUUUCUGAUAAAAAAGGUAUCACCAUCACCGCAGACAAAGAAUUCGAGGAUGGCUCAAUCUGGUGGGAUGUGGAAACAGAGCAGUUUGAUGUGAACCUAAAAGUGGAAAACACUGGAACUCAUACUGUGGAUUUUAUGUACUAUGCCCCAUUGAACAAGUUGAGCUGCUUCACCCUUAAUGAUAAGCAGAAGGUGACCCGAAGAAAACCUCUUUCCCUCAAACCAGGCGAUACCUAUCCAAUCACGGUUAACUAUCAUCAGCUUAAGUAUGCUGGUCACUAUCCAGUGACGUUGACAUUUGAAUUUAAGCAGAAUUCCACCCUUUUCUACAUCGUGCGUGAUAUUCAUCUUCAUUUUAUGAACAAGCUGGGAAAAGAGCUGGAACCUAUUGCUCCUUUCAAACGCUCGUGUCAUGCUGCUAUGGUUCAACUGGAAUGCUGUGUUGUGGAAGGAGUUCGACCUGAUGGGCAUUCAUCGAUGGAGCUAAAAAAUGCAGUCCGGCUUUAUUCGUAUGAGAUGCCAAAAGACUUAGGCCAGCGCAUCAAGGCAUUGAUGCGGAAUCCCCCCAUUGAUAAAAGUCAGGUGCUGACCGGCCCUUUGAGAUUUAAGAACUACUCUAAAAGGUUCCAUGAGUUGCUUUAUAUGGAGGAGGAGCAGAUGCAACUGAACAUUAGGCGAUACUUCAUACCGAACAGUGACAAUGAAUACGCAAUCAUGGAACGAGAUCCAGCCAACUCAAAGCUUCUCAUUCUGAAGGUACCUGGUUUGUCUGAGAAUCGCCCUUCUGUGUUGCGUGGAGAUAAGCUGCUGGUUUACCCUCAAGGAGAAACAAAACACAAGUACUGUGGUUAUGUCCACAAAGUAGAGCGGGACUCUGUCAAACUGGGCUUCAGCUCAAAAUUGUUGAACAUUUUUAUUGAUGGCAUGAAGUUCAAUGUGGAGUUCACACUCAACCGUCUGAUUCUUCGUCUGGAGCACCGAGCUGUAGAUCUUGCUACCCAGUUUGGACUGGAAGAGGUGUUGUUCCCACCAGCCAGCCUUGCCUCGAAAGAAACUUCAAAUGUUCCUCAACUGAGUUUCUUUAACAGACAAUUGGCGGAAAACCCUGAGCAGAUGCAAGCUGUUCGUCAUAUUGUAGCAGGUACUUCCAAACCUGCUCCAUACUUGGUUUUUGGACCGCCUGGUACAGGAAAAACCAUUACUUUGGUGGAGGCCAUCAAACAGAUUGACAAGCUUGAGAGUGACUGCCACAUUCUUGCCUGCGCUCCUUCCAACAGUGCUGUGGAUGUCCUCUGCAGCAGGAUUCUGAAGGACCAUGGGAAUAAGAGCAAGGUGUACCGCAUGUUUGCUAGCAACCGUGACCCGCAAAGUGUCAGUGAGGAUAUAAAGGCAUACUCUAACCUAGUUGGAGAUGGUUUCAUUUUCCCUUCCAAAGAGAAACUGAUGACGUAUCGAAUCAUCGUCACCACUCUGAUCACCGCUGGAAGGUUGGUCACAGGAAACCUCCCAAACGGUCAUUUCACUCACAUUUUCGUCGAUGAGGCCGGACAGGCUACGGAGCCUGACUGUUUAAUCCCACUAGCUGGACUGUUGGAUCCAAAGUCUGGUCUGGUGGUUCUGGCUGGAGACCACAAGCAGCUGGGACCCAUUGUGGCAUCCCCUCUUGCUGAGAAAUACGGAAUGGGAAUUUCCUUCUUGGAGCGAAUGAUGGACAUUACCACAGUGUAUCAGAAGGAGGAUGGUGCGUUCAAUGACCUCUUCGUCACCCAACUGCUGCACAAUUACAGGUCCCAUGAAGCCAUUCUGGCAGUUCCCAACGAGCUUUUCUAUGAAGGGAAGCUGGAGGCCCGUGGCGAAGAAAUGAAAAUCAACUCCUUGUGUAAAUGGGAACAUCUUGUGAAACAGGACUUCCCUGUGAUUUUCCACGGGGUAACGGGAAUCAAUGAGCGUGAGGCUAGCAGCCCAUCAUUCUUCAACAGAGCAGAGAUUCAGGUUCUGAUGGAUUACGUGGAGAAACUGCUGCAGACGGGUGGCAAAAAUGGCCUCGCUCCCAAAGAUAUCGGCAUCAUUGCUCCUUACAGGAAACAAGUGCAGAAAAUCCAUCAGGCCCUCAACAAAAUUCAGAAGAAGUUUAGAUUUAGUGACAUGAGUGCCCUUAAGGUUGGUUCGGUGGAGGAGUUCCAAGGUCAGGAGAGAAGAGUGAUCUUGGUGUCGACAGUCCGUAGCAGCCUCGAUUACACUGAUUUUGACAAAUGCUUCAACCUUGGCUUUGUUGGCAACGAGAAGCGGUUCAACGUGGCAAUGACUCGAGCUCAAGCGCUGUUGAUUGUGGUGGGAAACCCGACUGUACUCAGCACUGAAGAUAGUUGGAAGAGGUUUAUUAUUUACUGUCAAAAAGCCGGGGCCUACCUUGGGUACAAGCCUGUGGAGGAUGAUGAAGCUGUGGUCGACAGAUAUUCGAGUCUCUACCAAAGGAUGCGCGCUCAAGCGGAGGGCGAACAGCACGAUAGGCUGGAGGGUGAUGUGGAUGAAUUGCACUUUCGAGCUGAGGAGUGACCUGUGAUGAUAUAGGGGGAAAAAUAUCGUCCAGAAUGUUUCAGCAUCUUUACCAUGGACCAAAUCAACCAGAUUUAAGAGAUGAGAUUGCAUCAUCAUAACUGCACAUGCUACUUUAAUAAGUUUGUUACCAUCAAAAUAAGUCAUGUGAAGCAUUUGAGGAAUCAUAAUACUUAGCUUGAUUUUUUUUUCUACUCAUGUUAUGGAAUGUGAAUGUUUUUAAUGGGUCAAAUAAAGAUUUCUUACUCUAGACAU